AUGUUUGCUGGUACUUCAGAUCCACAGGAACCUGUUUAUAUUGUCACAGAAAAUGGACACUGUAUCAACGCCUUUAAGUACCAGUUUAAGGUCAGUUUAAAUUAUGCUUUUAUCAGUGCCUUUGAAAUGCCUUCUGCUAAGUGGUCACGAGUUUCUAUACAUCGUGAAUUCAUCUUAUUUACAGUACUUUCACGUCAACUUUCAUUUCAAGUCGAGCUCGACAUAUUUCUAAAGCUCCCUCCUCCCUCUCCCUCAGGCACCUUCUCCGGCCUCCCCAACCUGCGCAGGAUCGACCUCUUCAAGGACGACUUGAGACACCUCCAGGAAGGGGCCUUCGAGACCUCCAGCGACUCCUUCCGCGAACUGGUUCUGACGGCGAGCAAUGUCAGCAGGAUUGAGCGCCACGCCAUCACAGGUCUGAAGGGCGGUUCCCUCUGGCUCGAUGACAACGCCCUCGCGAGCCUCGACGAAGACGCCUUCCGACCGCUGCUCAGUGACGUCCAGGCGGUCUAUCUCGCAGGAAACCCCCUGAGUUGCAGCUGUGACAUCGCCUGGCUCGUGCGAAGACCCGCGCUCAUGGCCCGGGUUGCAGACGACGCCACUUGCAACAACGGUCAGCUGUUGGUAGACCUUGACCCGGCCAUGUAUGACGCCCUCUGCUGAGUUCUAGGGCGUGACCUCGGUUGACCUCGCUCGCUGUCUGGGUCAUGUCAGCUGAUGGAGUCAUGAAUAAAUUUUCAGUUGAG